AUUCUCCGUCGCCGACGCCUUCCAGGCCUCGGCAUUUCAUCCUGUUAUCCUGCACCUGCACCUGCACCUGCACCUUUCACAGCACAAAUGUGAUGAGAGCAAGACGUCCUCCUAAUGCCCGCUGUGAGGCAGCCAAAGGCGCGGUCCCGGACUUUCACCGCGUGCCUUACAUGUCGUGCGCGCAAAGUCAAAUGUGAUCUCGAGAGUCCAAGUUGCCGAAACUGUCUCAAAUUGGGCAUUUCGUGCCCGGGUUAUGGAAUUCAGCUACAGUGGUUAACGCCGUGGCAGCCAGCGGGACAUCAGCAGCCCAAUACUGUGAUCGAUGGUCUCGAAGUCCGCCGUGCUCGAACAAACAUCUUUGGUGGUAUGUAAUAUCCAGGCCUCUCGCGACCUGAACACUGCCUAAAGAUCGUUGUAGCUCGGACCGGGCUCCAAUUCUCCAAUGACCUGAUUCGGCAACUGGCAGAAUCAAGCUGUUCCACGCAGCUUGACCAGUUGCUUGAGGGACUCGACGAACGGGCUGUAGCAGAUGAAAGCUGCUUCGACAAUGGACAAGACUGGCAUCUAAUCGAUGGUCCAUUUUCAGUCUUUUAUCUUGUCCCAGUGGUGGAAACCGGCGGGCACGGCUCAAACAUGCGAAGGCCCUCGGCGUUGUGUUCGCCCAGCAUCGACUACAACGCAGCAGAAUGGCCUAUAAGCGACGACUGGUUCUCCUUGGUGCCGAGCGAUGCCUUCCAGGCACAGGUGUCGGUUUCUGAAUCUCCUAUGGUCAGCUCUGCUUAUGGAUUUACCAACGGCGAUGGUGCUUCAUUCCUCGGACCAAAAGACUCCUUCGUGUCUCCAAUGGACUUUCACAUCGGGCUUACGCCGCUUGGUGAGCUUCCCGAUUUCAAUGCUACAUUUGGCAAUCUCACUACGCCGAAGCCAAUUUUCACAUCGACUUACCCCUACGGACAUCCCACGGCCGCUUCCUUGCCCAAUGGUUCACCCUAUCUACCUUCUAACGUGCGAUUCCUGUUGUCUCACUAUACGAACCACGUCAUCGACUCGUUGUCACCCUUGCCCCAAAUGAAGGCUCCUUGGAGAGGUAUUCAUGUCCCGUGCGCGUUGACCGCAUACGGGGAACUCGACAUUGCCGGUCAGUCAGGUUUGGCACGUGUGUCUCUGUUGUACAGUCUGCUUUCUCUAACGUGCUACCAUCUGAGCUCCCUCCAUGAGCUGUCCUCGUCAUACAAACAAGCUGUGGAUCAGACGACAAGCUCGAUGGAACAAGCGCCGAAUGCACAACAUUGGAGCUCUCAGGGUUCCAAAUUCCGGGACAUAGCUCGUACUGCGUUCCGUAAAUGCCUACAGACAAUGGGUUCCGACCCAGCAGUGAAGGUGAAAUACAAGGAGCUGUUCGUUAGCGCAAUGAGUCUGAUAUGCACCGGAAUCAUUAGUGGAGACCCGUGGGAUUCACGCUUCUUCAUUCUCCAAUGCGAAGACAUUGUCAACAAGAUUGGGCGAACUAAACAGCGAUUCUCAAAUAAGGCUUUAUCACUCCAUCGGAUUUUUUCGUACAUCCGUAUCAUUGAACAAACUACCUUCGUCCAGACAAGGGAUCAGUACCUGGAAACACUGGACAAGCAUGCUCUGUUCCCAGAACAGCUCGAGCUGGUCAAGCAGAUUCCAGAGCACGCUUUCUCUCACUCAGCGACAGAGGCCUCAAAUCUUCAGACCAUGUCCGAUCUCGGAUUGACCGGACCUGAGGAAGAAACCUUCUACGAGCUCUACGGCAUGCCGGGCUCACUGUUGCGGCUCAUUGCAAGGACAAACAAUGUCAUUGCUGAACUUGACCCUCCUGGGCUGCACGGGACCUCCCAGCCAGCCAUGCCAUCUCACCUGAUGGCAGCUGCUUCAAUGCUGGAAAGUGAUAUUUGCAGAUUCGAGUUUAGAAGCACCAAUGGUGCGAGCACGGCGUCUAUGGAUACGAGCACUGAUAUCACCAAAGUCGUCGACGCUCCUCGGGCUAUGCGCUCCCACAUUGCGACUGCAAUGCACCACGCGUUAUUGGUGUACUUCUUCAGAUUUGUGCGAGGCACCAAUCCUAUUAUAUUGCAACACUACGUCGAGAAAAUCCUGAGCAACCUCGAAUACCACCAAGAGAGCAAGGGCCGUUAUUUCUCGGGGGCACGACUGGGAACAACUGUAUGGCCGAGCUUCAUCGCUGCCUGCGAGGCACUGGGUGAGAAUCUACGUCGUCGUGCUGUAGUCUGCAUGAGGCAUGCCGCUUGGGCCGGAUUUAAAAAUGCUGAAGCCGCCGAAGUGGUUGCACGCGAGGUCUGGCGGAGGCGCGAUGCGGGAGAGAAUGAUGUCUCGUGGAGCACCGUUCUUCGCGAAAGUCGGACAAUUCUGCUAUUGACUUGAUAUGCAACGGCCAGCCUGAAUGGCACGUUUGUUGGCUGUUUGGCUCGAUUACAAUCUUAGUUUGUAGUCUUGCAAGCGCUUUCGUAAAUCAAGAUCAACAACUUAUGUUAGCCAGUUGACAAGCUGUGUUCUGUGUUGUAGAAAACAUAGAGGUCAACCGAGGCUUUACAGUAAAG